UGGUUUGAGUGCUUCCCUCUCUGAACAGAACAUCAUGACCUUCAUUGGGCACGUUGUUUUUUUUGUUGGACUUGUGUUUGUUGGUGUUUCUGGAAACAUAUUUAACCUGAUUUUUACUAUACAACAGCAAGUGAAGACCAGGACCAUUCAGACUGUGGGUUUGAUCCUAAACGUCAUCUCCAUCAACAACAUUAUCUUAGUAGUCGCCACCUUCUCAUUGGUGAUGGAUGUUUUUCAGAAUCCCCAAAUUUGGUGUGUCACACCAUAUCCUUUAUCUAUCCGCACUGAAGUAUAUCUAAUGAUGACUUGCAGCUUCAACAGCUUCUGGGCCAUUGCAUGGCUGAGUCUCUUCUACUGUAUCAAAGUCGUGAGUUUCUCCUCCGAGUGCUUCCAAACACUGAAGAAGAACAUCUCUCCUGUGAUCAACGCUGCCGUGCUGCUGAGCUGCUUGUUCUCAUCCUUGUUUUUCACUCCUAUGUUCUCACUUGAGUUAGCAAUUUCAACGGAUAAAAAUUACAACGUGAAUGACAACGCUAACAUGACCUGUCCACAGCCCUCUUUUUCUUUACAGAUGGACCCAAAGGCAUACGCAGCUGCUAUCAUUUGUCUCCUCUGCCCAAUCCCUUUGAUGAUCAUGUUGCCGACCUCUGUCAGAAUGGUCGUCCAUCUGUGCGCCCACACACUGGCACUCCAGAAGAACGAGACCCAUGUGAAGGGUUCUGACUCGUACCUCCUGGUGUGCAAACUCACCAUCUCCCUAGUGGGAAUUUAUCUGUCUACUCUGUGUAUUGUGUUUUUGUUCAUCAUUAUAAGAUUAAUAGGGCAGUUUAUCACCUACCACACUUUAGCCAGUGCCUUUAGUUUUUACGGCGGCAUGACUUCUUUACUUCUGACAGCUUCAAACAGGCAUCUAAAAGACAAGCUCUGGAGUCUGUUCUGUUGUAGGAAGGUGAAGGAACAAUCUAGCAAAAGCCAGACAGUUGAGACAGGGGAUGUUUAAUAUGAUGAGGGCUGCUUACCAGGUGACUUCAUUUAUAAACAGCACUUACUGGAAUAUUUUUCUGAUUUAGAUGAAUACCGAAGUCACUUUGGAUAAUAGCAUAUUAUUAUCUACAUUAGCGUCAAAACCAAUUCUGUUUAUUAUAAGCAGACACUGCAGUUUUGUCAUCUGCCACUUUAAAUGCUCACCCUCUGUAAAGCUAGAUGAAUUCUGAUUGGUUGUCAAUGUUUUUUUUAUCAUUCAUCAGCUGGAACUUCAUUUUGAAAGUGAUUCCAAUGAUAUUGUUCCUCUGUGUCAUUAUCGUUUUAGUUGUGGAGUGGACUCUGCUAUUCUUUUAAACGUAAUACAAUUUAUAGAAAAAUGGACAACAAAAAGUAGUAUAUAUCUUUAGCGUUAUUGUUAUAUCAUCCUUGGUGUGAAUGGACUUUAAUUCAUUUGA